UCCAGGAUUCACUGAGCUGUGUGUUCUGUCCCAGGCUGGAGAGAGUGGCACUGCUCCUCUGUAAAGCACACUGUCAGCUAAACGAACGAGUGUCUCACAGCUCCAGCACCCGAGCUAAUUAGCAACAUCUCUGCCUGACCUAUCCAGCACAGUUUACUGAAGGGAAAUAUCAGGACGAUAAUGACCUAAGAGUUGUCUCUUUGCAGAUAUUUGAAAUUCCACAGAAAUACUGUGGAAUACAGAACUCUGAAUUGAGUCUAUUCCAAUGCAUUUGUGGACAAUGUGGAAACACCAGUUGUUACUGUAUGCCCUCUUGGGUAUAACAGUGUUUGGCCUAUUCCCAAAACUUGAAGCUCAGGAUGCCCCCGCGCCAGCUGACCUUGUACUCUUAAUUGAUGGAUCAGAGAGCAUUGGAGCUGCCAACUUCCCCCACAUCCGUGAUUUGGCUGUCCGAUUGAUUGAUGGGCUUGCCGUGGGCAAGGAUACAAUCCGUGUAGCCCUUGCACUUUAUGGUGCCGACCCUGAGAUUCAAUUCUAUCUCAAUAGCUAUGACAACAAAGAGAACAUCCUCAGUGCUAUCCAGGGGCUUAAAUACCCUGGUGGGGAUGAGGCAAAUCUGGGGGCAGCCUUGGUGGAGGUGGCAGAAAGUCUGUUGGGCUCAGAUGCAGGGGGCAGGGCAGAGGAAGGGGUGCCCCAGGCACUGGUGGUGAUCAGUGCUGGGCAGUCCACUGAUGAUGUCAGUCAGGGCGAAAGGGCCCUAAAGCUGGCCAGUGUGUACACCUUUGGCAUUGCUGUAGGUGAUUCUGCCACUACUGCCCAACUGGAAGCUAUUGCUACAGAUAAAAGCUUUGUUCUGUCCGCCCCUGAUGUCAGUACAGUGGCAAGCAUGGGUGACCAGAUACUACCGUACAUUAAUGGUGUUGCCCAGCGCAACAUUGUGAUUGAAACAGAAAUAACAGAAGCUUUGGCUGUUGGGAGUAGAGAUGUAAUUUUCCUCAUUGACAGCAGUAUGGGUAACACCUUCCUCAAUGCAGUCCGAGAAUUCAUCAGAAAGUUUAUUGACACCAUGCCAAUCGGCCCUGAUCAGGUGCAGGUCGGAGUGGCCAUGUUUUCCACUGCCCCAAGGAUGGAGAUCAACCUCAACUCAUACAGUUCAAAAGAAUCCCUAAUUUCUGCCCUUGCCAAAAUUAAACCCAAACCUGCGGUUGAAGUCAACAUUGGUUCUGCCCUGAAUUAUGUGAGGACCAGCAUGCUCAGUGCUGAGAGUGGGAGCCGCAUUCAAGAAGGAGUGCCACAGCUUGUGUUGCUACUGACCAGUAAAAAAUCCAAAGACAGUGUCCAACAGCCAGCUGAAGAACUUCGUCGAAUGGGUGUUCUGACUUUGGCUGUGGGCUCCAGGGCUGCUGAUGAGGCUGAGCUCAGGCAAAUAGCUUUCGAUGAUAGUGUGGUUUUCAUGCUUAAGGACUUCAGGGCAUUGCAGCGUAACCCUGGAGAAAUUGUCUCCCCUCUUUCUACAUUGUCUGGUGUUGUUGUGCCAGAGGGUCCAACAGAAACAGGCCCCUUUGUGGAUGUUACUACAGUCCAGACCCAAAAAGUUGUCAGAGACAUUGUCUUCUUAGUGGAUGGAUCAAGCUAUGUUGGAAAUGCCAACCUGCAACCUGUGCAGGACUUCAUCUCUAGCGUGGUGAACAGAUUAGACAUCCGACCUGAGCGAGUGCGCAUUGGCCUAAUGCAGUUUGCUGAGGGACAGCGAACAGAGUUUCAUUUGAACACUCACAACACCAAACAGGAAGUGCUCUCAAGCAUUGCUCAACUGCGACUGAUGGGAGGACGUGUAUUGAACACUGGUGCAGCCCUACAAUAUGCCCUUGCCAACCACUUCCAGCCUUCAGUUGGGUCUCGUAGGCGGCAGGGGGUCCAGCAGGUACUGGUGCUGAUAACAGGAGGUCCAUCUCAAGAUGAGGUCAAGAGGGUUGCAGACCGUGUAGCUUUAGAUAAAGUUUUGACUUUUGCUGUUGGAGCUGGCCAAGUGGAAGAGAAUUUCCUGAAAACAGUGGCUUUUGUAGAAAAUUUGGCAUACUACAGAAAGAAUUUUGCUGACUUGUCAAGUGUUGUUGACCAGAUUAUGACACCGCUUAUCACUGUUGUUGGGGAGACUGAUACAAUAGAUUCAGAUAUUGAAAUAGUUUCACCACCCUCUGGCGUUGAAAGGGAUGUUGCAUUCUUGAUUGAUGGCUCUGAUAAUGUCAGAAGUGACUUCCCCUAUAUCCGUGACUUCAUUUCCAAAGUCAUUGAGCCUCUUGACAUAGGAGUUGAUAAAGUGCGAGUUGCUGUGGUCCAGCAUAGUGAGAGACCAAGCCCUAGCUUCUACCUGAACACUUACCAAACCAAAGAAGAGGUGCUAAGGGCUGUAAAUGGACUCAGUCUGGCUGGUGGUAGAAGUCUGAACACUGGUGCUGCCCUGACUUUCAUGAAAAACAACAUCUUAUCACCAGAAUAUGGCAGUCGAGCUGCCCAAAAUGUCCCUCAGUUUUUGAUUGUUUUGACUGGAGGGAGAUCAAGAGAUAGUGUCAGGGAACCUGCAGUUGCCCUAAAGACUGAUGGAGUGGUGCCUUUUGGUGUCGGAGUAAGAAAUGCAGACCCUAAACAGAUUGAGGACAUUUCUCACAAUCCAUCAUUUGCUUUCAAUGUGAAGGAAUUCAGCAUGCUCAACACAGUGGAACAAAAGCUUAAGAACUAUGUGAGUCUUCCAAAGGCAGACCUGAAUAUCAUUCUACAGCAAGUUGAUUCCAAAGACAUAGCAAAAGAUGUUGUGUUCCUAUUGGAUGGUUCUGAUGGUACUAAAAGUGGAUUCCAUGCAGUAUGUGAUUUUGUUCAAAGUGUUGUUGAGAAACUUAAUGUGGAGGAGAGCAAAUACAGAGUAUCUGUGGUUCAGUACAGUGACAAUCCAGAGGUUGACUUCUAUCUCAAAACUUACUCAACAAAGGCAGAGGUUGUAAAUGCCAUAAAAUUUCUGAAACACAAAGGUGGAAAAGUUGCUAACACUGGAGCAGCCCUCCAGUUUGUGAGGCACCAGGUUUUUACUUCUUCUUCUGGGAGUAGACGACUUCAUGGUAUUCCUCAAGUACUAAUUUUGUUGAAUAGUAGGCCAUCUAAUGAUGAAGUAAGAGGACCUGCCAUGGCCCUUAAAGAUCUUGGAAUAAUGACAAUGAGCAUUGGUGUGGAAAAUGCAGAUCCAAUUGAACUGAAAACAAUUUCACAUAAAUCCCAAUUGACACACUAUAUCACUAGAUUUGAUGACCUUCCUUUAUUUGAGCCACAACUAGUUUCAACACUCAAGAACAUCACAAAAGAAUCUGGAGAAAUUUCAAACACAGGAGUUCCAGACUCAUCAGUUGAAUUAGAUGCAGCUCAAAGAGACAUUGUCUUUCUCCUGGAUGGGUCUGAUGAUACAAGGGAUUCUUUUAAACACAUGUGUCGGUUUGUUCAAAGAGUGGUGGACAAACUCAAUAUUGGACAGAGCAGCGACAGAGUGUCUGUGGCCCAGUACAGCAGAGAGCCACAGGUACAUUUUUACCUGAACACACAUGCCACAAAGCAAGACUUUCUCAAUUCAAUUGAGAGUCUGCAGCACCAGGGAGGAAGUCCCCUCAACACAGGGAGAGCCCUUGACUAUAUAAAAAACAACGUGUUCAUUGCCUUUUCUGGGAGCAGAAUGCUGGAGGGGGUUCCUCAAAUUCUUGUUCUUGUGACUGGAGGAAGGUCUCAGGAUGAUGUUAGAGCUCCUGCUGCUGCUCUGAAACAGGACCAUGUAGUACCAUUCAGUAUUGGCACCCAAAAUGCAGACAUUAUUCAGCUCCAGACGAUCUCAUAUACCCCUGGCCAUACCCUUACUGUCCCUCAGUUUGAUGACCUUCAAACCAUUGAGCAGAAACUGAUAUCAUAUAUAAAAAGAGUGCCUCGUCAGCCCAGGAGGCCUCAACCAACUACGAUAGCUGCCAACAAUGACUCCUCAAGUCUCUGAAUCUGUCAAAAGGGAUAUUGCAUUUCUUAUUGAUGGAUCUGAAGAUUCUAGAAUUGGAUUUGAGUCAAUUCGCAGUUUUAUCCAAACAUUAGUUGAGAGUCUAAAUAUUGAGGAAGAUCUUGAUAGGGUGGCUGUU